AUGCGAUGGCCUUGGUCAGGCGACGAAGAUGAGCAGAAGAAGACCGGUCUCGCAGCAUGGACCGAAUCAUACAGUUCAGAUGACUGGGCAACGUCAUUGCUUGAGCCAAGGACCCUGAUCCCAUCUCUUGCGCUCACAGUGACCACCGUCGCUGGUGUUCGCCUUUACAAAUCCUUCUUACGAAGAAUACCCACCGUCAAUCAUAUCAAACCUGAUUACUUCCGGCGCAAGACUCUCUUCGGCCAGGUCACAAGUGUCGGAGAUGCAGACAACUUCAGGUUGUAUCACACGCCUGGUGGGCGACUAGCUGGUUGGGGCUGGUUGCCAUGGAAGAAUGUACCGACAAAACGAGACCAACUCAUAAAGCAGACGCUCCAUAUUCGGAUCGCUGGAGUCGAUGCGCCAGAGCUUGCGCAUUGGGGCCGAGAGGCUCAGCCGUAUUCGAAAGAAGCACUUGACAUGCUCACCGAUCUCGUCCUCAACCGUCGAGUUCGUGCGCGACUAUACAGACGCGAUCAGUACGAUCGAGUAGUAGCACAGGUCUACGUGCGCAAGUGGUUCUUCAAGAAAGAUGUGGGCCUGGAGAUGCUGAAGGCUGGUUUGGCAACUGUCUACGAAGCCAAGUCAGGAGCUGAGUUUGGUACUUCUGAAGAGAAGUACCGCGCUGCUGAAGGACAGGCCAAAGAACGAAAGGCUGGGAUGUGGUCGAAGCCCGGCCUGCUACAGAGACUGGCUGGCGCAACGGCAAAGGCACCAGAAAGCCCACGGGAGUAUAAGACUAGGCACACAGCAGCAGAGAAGCAGAAGAAAACAUGA